GGCUCUCGCCGUAUGAUCAAAAGUAUGCACAUAUGGCACUGACAGCAACUUGGAAGUUCAAUCAAACAUCAUAUCCUUGACCGGCAGUGCUGUGGUAAAAUAUGCAUUUUCAAGUCCGUACUGGCACCCCGGCUCGCGCAAUUCGGUUGCAUCGUUAUUCCAUGCUGUCUGUCCACGUUGAGGUUAUGCCAAUUGGACAUAGACAGCUCUUACGAAUUUGGUAGCAUCAUUGAUUGGAUAGUUCGGAAUUCCGAAUUCGAUUUGGGAAAUAUGGUUGUUCUUGUUACAUACUGCAUUAUCCGAGUUGCUAUCACCAUGCAUAUAGUCUGUUGUCUAUACCGCGCCAAGCAUUCGGGCUCGUGUUUGAGGCUUUGCUCCUCAUAGGCGUCUGCCAGACAUCAUUUUGUUAUACAGUAUGUCGCUGGAGUUGCCAACAUGCAUAAUUCACUUUCUGAUACUUGCAUAGGUACGCACUACAUGAUUUACUGCCUUCUGUGGUUAUGUAGGAUGAAGAACGCACAACUCAACAGGUCAAAUUGUCUUCACUACAGACACGCCUCAAGCGUGGUCACUGAACACAACCACCACAGUACGGCGAUUCAACAUGACACACAGUCCAGCGUAGAAAAUGAAUCUAGCGUUAUGGGACUCAUUCAGAUCGCCGAUAUUUCGCUUACAUGGCGCCGAAAUUGAAGUAAAACGAUUUAUGCAGGAGAGUAACAGCCAAAAGUACAUUUUCGCUGGUCCAGAUGGGCGACCUUAUAAAUGGAGGUUUCGCGACGUUAUUUCUCUUGAGCUCAACGAUAGUUCAAAAACCCCCAUAGCUCGAUACCACAGGAGAAGCUUGGGAAUCCUUGGGAAACGACACGAUCCAUAUCUUGAGAUAUUUCCCGUGGGUGAACACAUGGUGGACGUUAUCGCUACGACUUUUAUCUACCUGGAAAAAUUGAGGAGGGUCGAAGAAAGAGCUGCUCGACGAAGAGGAAACAACGCCCGAUUCGCUGCUCAAAAUACCCAAUUUGCUGCUCAAUCUGCCGCGCAAGCAAGUUCUGCUGCAACUGCAACUUUUAUGGCAACUGGCAUCUAGUAGCUAUGGUCUCGAUCCUUGCUUAUAGAAGGCCACCAUUUUGAUAUAAACCACCGAUAUUGAUGCGCGCGUACUGAAUACAUGGCGGCUUGCAUGUAGUACAAUUCUGGGUGAUGCCUCUGGUGUACGGCGUAAUGGGACGAAAUCGCAGUUCUGAGUUUUAUAGUAUUUCUAUUAGUAAACU